CGCCGCACCGCACUGCGCUACACGGCCGUGCCGGUCCGCCUCUGGCGCAACCGCAAAGGCAGCUGAUUCAGUGAAUAAGAUGGAUACAGACGACACGACGUCCGGAAGUGGCGCCCAGAAGCGGCGAACCGUUCCCGAUGACGACGGAAUAAUCGAACGCAAGAUUCCGAGAGCAACAGAGCGGGAUUCGGAGGAGAAGCUGUUCUUUGACCGGCUGUUCGGGCCUCCUCCCGAGGAGAUGCAACAGGAGGCGAUGGAAGCCGCUCCUUGCAGGACAGCACUGUCUGCAGAGGCAGCUGAUUCAGUGAAUGAGAUGGAUACAGACGGCACGGCGUCGGGAAGUGGCGCCCAGAAGCGGCGAACCGUUCCCGAUGACGACGGAAUAAUCGAACGCAAGAUUCCGAGAAGAACAGAGCGGGAUUCGGCGGAGCAACGGGUCUUUGACCGGCUGUUCGGGCCUCCUCCCGAGGAGAUGCAACAGGAGGCGAUGGAACCCGCUCCGUGCAGGACAGCACUGUCUGCAGUGGCGACGAGCUACUACUGGCAGGAGGCGAGCUACGGCGAGGUGCCGGCGCGGGCGGUGCGCGCGGGCACCGACAAGGACGGCGGCCCGCUGUACGUGGGGCGCGCGCCGCACGCCGGGGACCUGCUGCCCGCCAAGGUGGCGCCCACGCACCAGGGCGCCUUCGUCUCCUGGAACUGCCUCGAGCACUCAAAGUUCCACUACGAGGUGCUGGUGCUGGGAGCAGGUGUUGCAGAAUGGGUGCCGUCCAGUAACGGCGAGGUUCCCGACGGGGCUGUCCCCGUGGGACAUACGACGGAUGGCGAGACCCUCUAUGUGGCCAGGGUCCAGCAUGAUGGCACAACAACACCAGGAAAGGUUCACCAGUCACAUUCAGUCUGCUACAUUCCUUAUGGAGGAAGAGAGAUUGCUUAUAGUCAUUAUGAGGUUCUUGUCAUCUAGGCCUGUCCAUGUUGACAGAUAACUUGCAGGAGAAUGAUUUCUCAGGUACAAGAUUUUCUGUUUUAAGAAAACUCAAUUUGCCAGUGUGUGUGUAGUUAAUGACAUUGAGAGCACGGACAGAAGUAAAUUAUCCUUAACACUUGGAAAAGCGAUCUUGAAUCGUGGCGUUGUUAUUUAUUUUUUGUAUACUUUGAAUUUUAAUAAUACGGUAUUGUUAAACACUAAACCUUUCUAAUACUACCUUACAGCAGGCUGUGUUCAUGAUUGCAUGUGAAUCUUUGUUUUAUAAAGAUUGUCAUUGAUUAUGUAAAAUUGUAUAAUGUUAAAUAAAGACAAAAAUGGCCUAAGGAA